AUCUGGGGUAAAUAGCAUUAGGCAACCGAGAGAGAAAGCAUAUGUGGUUGGGAACCUGUGCCUGCCUGUUCCAUUCCUGCACCCAAUCAUCUCACCACGCCCUUCGCUUCACCUCACAUCCUCCUCCAGCCCAGGAACUGGGAGCUACAGAAAGGGGAGAGAAAGGGAAGGAGGGAAAGGAAACUAACACUUCUCCUCUGCCCAACUCCAGCACCAGGCUCUGUGUAUCCAACAGCCUGCCUGCUGCCGGCUCCCACUCGCGCUGCAGCCUCGCACCCAGCCUCGACCUCAGUCGGCUCCGUGACAUCCUCCCUCGCCGCUCCUGCCCUGCGCCAGCUCCUGCCCCCAGGACUCCGUAGCCGGACCCUCAAGCCAUGGCAGGUCCAUUUUCUCGUCUGCUAUCUGCCCGCCCGAGGCUCGGGCUCUUAGCUCUGGCCGGAGCUGGGUCUCUAGCCGCUGGGUUUCUGCUCCGCCCGGAACCUUUACGAGCUGCCAGUGAACGACGGAGGCUCUAUCCCCCGAGCGCUGAGUACCCAGACCUCCGAAAGCACAACAACUGCAUGGCCAGUCACCUGACCCCAGCCUUAUAUGCCCGGCUCUGCGACAAGACCACACCCACUGGUUGGACGCUAGAUCAGUGUAUCCAGACUGGCGUGGACAACCCCGGCCACCCCUUCAUCAAGACUGUGGGCAUGGUAGCUGGAGAUGAGGAGACCUAUGAGGUAUUUGCAGAGCUCUUUGACCCCGUGAUCCAAGAGAGACACAAUGGAUAUGACCCCCGGACAAUGAAACACACCACUGAUCUGGAUGCCAGCAAGAUCCGUUCUGGCUACUUUGAUGAGAGGUAUGUACUAUCCUCGAGAGUCAGAACUGGCCGAAGUAUCCGGGGCCUCAGUCUGCCUCCAGCCUGCACGAGGGCAGAGCGGCGAGAGGUGGAACGUGUGGUAGUAGAUGCCCUGAGUGGCCUGAAGGGUGACCUAACUGGACGUUACUAUCGGCUCAGUGAGAUGACAGAGGCUGAACAGCAGCAGCUUAUUGAUGACCACUUUCUCUUUGACAAACCUGUUUCCCCAUUGCUGACAGCAGCAGGAAUGGCUCGAGACUGGCCCGAUGCUCGUGGAAUCUGGCACAACAAUGAGAAGAGCUUCUUAAUCUGGGUGAAUGAGGAGGAUCAUACACGGGUCAUCUCCAUGGAAAAGGGUGGCAACAUGAAGAGAGUGUUUGAAAGAUUCUGCAGAGGCCUCAAAGAGGUGGAGCGGCUGAUCCAGGAGCGUGGCUGGGAGUUCAUGUGGAAUGAGCGUUUGGGCUACAUCUUGACCUGUCCAUCUAACCUGGGCACUGGACUUCGGGCAGGAGUGCACAUCAAGCUGCCUCUUCUAAGCAAAGACAGCCGCUUCCCAAAGAUUUUGGAGAACCUAAGACUCCAGAAACGUGGUACUGGAGGAGUGGACACAGCAGCCACUGGCAGUGUCUUUGACAUCUCUAAUCUGGAUCGGCUGGGCAAGUCAGAGGUGGAGCUAGUGCAACUGGUCAUCGAUGGAGUAAACUAUUUGAUUGACUGUGAACGGCGUCUGGAGAGAGGCCAGGAUAUCCGCAUUCCUCCCCCCCUUAUCCAUGGCAAGCAUUAAUUUUCCACUCUCAGAAGACGAGUGAAGACCCCUAGGACUUUCAUUCAUUCUGUGGCCCAUUCCCUUGGCCCUGGAUGUCCCCUUCCUCCCAUCACUCCCUCUGUCGUAGUAAAAAUGUCUUGCUAUGCUCCA